AUGGAUACCAAUAUUAGUGAUCACCUUUAUGCAGAACAAAGUGUUGCUUCACUGAUUUCAUAUUGCUCUCAAGCCCAGGAAAAGCAGUUGGAUGAAUUGAAAAACCAUGGUCAACGGAGUUGCGUUGGCAUAACUAAGAUCAAAGCCCAAUAUGAGGACCAACAAGCAAAUUAUGAUGACUAUAAUUAUGUCCAGCAGGGACAAGACUAUUUUUCUGUACCAGUAACUAAACCACAAGAAGUGACAAUCAUCCAACCACUGAGAACGACGCUGCCUGUAAAGCCUGGCAACCCUGCUCACAAUGGACGUGUGUGCAGCACCUGGGGAAACUUCCACUUCAAGACCUUUGAUGGGGACAUCUUUCACUUCCCCGGGCUCUGCAACUAUGUCUUUGCAUCCCACUGCAAAUCUGCCUAUGAGGACUUCAACAUCCAGAUCAGGCGCACUAUGCUGGAAAGCUCUCCUGUGAUCAACCAUAUCACCCUGAAGCUUGACGGAAUGGUGAUUGAACUGACCUCAGACUCCAUUGUGGUCAAUGGCAACCCAAUUCAGCUGCCUUUCAGCCAGUCAGGAAUCCUGAUAGAGAGAAGUAGCGGCUAUUUGAAAAUCACUGCCAAGAUGGGCCUGGUCUUCAUGUGGAACCAACUGGAUGGCCUUCUGGUGGAACUGGAUAAGAAAUAUGCCAAUCAGACCUGUGGGCUUUGUGGGGACUUCAAUGGCAUUCCAAUUUACAAUGAGUUCACAUCAAACAACAUCAAGCUGACUGACGUGCAGUUUGGGAAUAUGCAGAAGAUGGAUGGACCCACAGAGCAAUGCGAGGAUCCUACAUCUUCUUCUCUUUCAAACUGCUCAAAUGAAUUUAGUGCUAUCUGCCAGAGAGUAUUGACUGGUGAAGCAUUUGUGAGCUGCAAUGCACUGGUGGACGUUCAAGACUACAUUGACUCUUGCGUACAAGACUUGUGCCGCUGUGAUGAGUCUAUGCGUGAUUUCUGCAUCUGUAACACCUUUGCUGAAUACUCCCGGCAGUGCGCCCAUGCCGGUGGACAACCUCUGAACUGGAGAACUAAAGAACUGUGCAACAAGACGUGCCCUUAUAACAUGCAGCACGAGGAAUGUGGCUCCCCCUGUGCUAACACCUGCACCAACCCUGAAAGGUCAGCCCUCUGUGAAGAUCACUGUACCGAUGGCUGCGUCUGCCCCCCAGGAACCGUGUCUGAUGACAUUAACAGCUCUGGCUGUAUCCCUCUCAGCGAGUGCCACUGUACCUACAAAGGUGAAACAUAUAGUCCAGGUGCUUCUUUUGCAUCCCAGUGCACUUCAUGUACCUGUACUGGAGGCCAGUGGAGUUGUGUCAGCCUUUCCUGCCCUGGGACUUGCUCCAUUGAAGGAGGUUCCCACAUCUCCACAUUUGAUGAGAAACGUUAUUCCUUCUUUGGAGAUUGUAGCUAUAUCCUGACGAAGCUCUGUGACAGCGAUUCCUUCACUGUUCUAGGAGAAGUCCGCAAAUGUGGCCUAACUGACACCGAGACAUGCCUGAAAGGUGUAGCCAUCAGCAUAGGUGGAGGACAAACUAUUGUUGUGAUCAAACCUUCUGGCAGCGUGUUUGUGAAUACGAUCUACACCCAGUUGCCCAUCUCUGCAGCCAAUGUCACUAUCUUCAGGCCUUCAUCAUUCUUCAUCAUCGUACAAACAAACUUUGGGCUUCAGGUUCAGAUCCAGCUUGUACCCAUCAUGCAACUCUUUGUAAACUUGGACCCAUCCCACAAAGGGCAGACAUGUGGUCUUUGUGGAAACUUCAACAAUAUCCAAGCAGAUGACUUCAAAGCCACAAGUGGUGUAGUGGAAGGAACAGCAGCCGCUUUUGCCAAUACCUGGAAAAUCCAGGGUGAUUGCCCUAAUGUCAAAAACAUCUUUGAGAACCCCUGUACCCUCAGCAUAGAAAAUGAAAAAUAUGCUCAGCACUGGUGUGGAUUGCUGACUGAUACUCAAGGACCUUUUGCUGAAUGCCACUCAACAGUGAAUCCAGAUGUUUACCACACGAACUGUCUGUUUGACACCUGUAAUUGUGAAAAGAGUGAGGACUGCAUGUGUGCUGCCCUCUCUACCUAUGUCAGAGCCUGUGCUGCCAAAGGAGUCCUGUUGAAUGGAUGGAGGACCAAUGUCUGCACCAUAACCUCGUGCCCCAAAUCCCUGACGUACAGCUACGUUGUCAGUUCCUGCCAACCCACUUGCCGAUCUUUGAGUGAGCCCGAUGUCACAUGCAACAUCAAGUUCACUCCAGUUGAUGGCUGCACCUGUGCAAAUGGAACUUACAUGGAUGAAAAUGGCAAAUGCGUGCCCGCUACUAGCUGUCCUUGUUAUUACAAAGGAUCUGUGCUACCUUCUGGAGAGGUUGUUCACGACAAUGGUGUCAUAUGCUCUUGCACACAUGGAAAGUUGGACUGCGUGAGAGUGAAACCAGAACCAGUCUGUGCAGCUCCCAUGGUCUACUUUGACUGCAGCAAUGUCACUGCAGGCACAAUUGGAUCCGAGUGCCAGAAGAGCUGCCAGACUCUUGAUAUGGGAUGCUACAGCACACAGUGCGUCUCUGGCUGCGUGUGCCCUAAUGGUCUAGUGUCAGAUGGCAAAGGUGGCUGUGUAGCUGCGGGGGAAUGUCCAUGUGUUCACAAUGAUGCCUCCUACAAUCCAGGAGAAACAAUUAAAGUCAACUGUAACACCUGCACUUGUAAAAACAGAAUGUGGCAAUGCACCAAUGAAUCUUGCCUGGCAACCUGCUCUGUUUAUGGAGAUGGUCAUUACAUUACUUUUGAUGGCAAACGCUUCAGCUUUAGUGGAGACUGUGAAUACACACUGGUCCAGGAUUACUGUGGUAAAAACAGUACCAGCCUCGGAACCUUCCGAGUGAUCACUGAGAACAUCCCCUGUGGAACCACUGGGACCACCUGCUCAAAGGCCAUUAAAGUCUUCCUAGGGAACUAUGAACUGGUACUCAGUGACGGAAAGUUUGAAGUGAUAGAGAAGGUCCGUGGAGGGGAAGUGCCAUACAAGGUCCGUUACAUGGGCAUCUACAUGGUGAUUGACACCAACAAUGGGCUGAUUCUUAUGUGGGAUAAGAAAACCAGCAUAUUCAUCAAGCUCAGCCCAGAUUUUAAGGGUCAGGUCUGUGGCCUGUGUGGGAACUAUGAUGGCAAUGGCAUUAAUGACUUUACCACCAGAAGUCAGUCUGUGGUAGGAGAUGUGCUGGAGUUUGGAAACAGCUGGAAGGUGUCUCCUACUUGCCCAGAUGCCAAGAGCAACAAGGAUCCUUGCACUGCAAACCCUUACAGGAACUCUUGGGCCCAGAAGCAGUGCAGCAUAAUCAACAGCAAAGUAUUCGCUGCCUGUCACUCUCAGGUUGAACCAAAUGAAUAUUAUGAAGCAUGCGUGACUGAUGCUUGUGCCUGUGACACUGGGGGAGAUUGUGAAUGUUUCUGUACAGCGGUAGCUUCAUAUGCUCAAGCAUGUAAUGAGGCUGGCAUUUGUGUUGCAUGGAGAACCCCAUCUAUCUGUCCUCUGUUCUGUGAUUACUACAACCCGCAAGGGGAAUGCGAGUGGCACUACAAGCCUUGUGGGUCUCCUUGUAUGAAGACCUGCAGGAACCGAAGUGGAAAAUGCCUUCAUGAGUUACAAGGCUUGGAAGGAUGCUAUCCAAAGUGUCCAGAGAACAAGCCCUAUUUUGAUGAAGAUGAUAUGGAGUGUGUCGAUAGCUGUGGCUGUUACGAUACCAAGGGAAAAUAUUACAAGCCAGGAACACCCAUUCGUUCAGAAGAGAACUGUCAAUCAUGUGAAUGCACAAUGAAUGGCAUUGAGUGUGAAUAUGAUGAAGACGAAUGCCACUGCACAUAUGAUGGAAAGCAAUAUGAGUAUGAGGAUGUCAUCUACGACACUACAGAUGGUAUUGGCGGGUGUAUCAUUGCAACUUGUGGUCACAAUGGAACAAUUGAUAGAAAAGUCUACGCAUGUUCUACACCCUCAACCACAACACCAUUUUCAUUUUCCUCUUCAACACCUAUAUCCACCACUACAGUGACACCAACUACAUCAGUCUGUGUUCGUGAAGUAUGCCAGUGGUCACAAUGGUAUGAUGUGAGCUAUCCAGGGUCUGGGAUCAACGAUGGAGAUUUUGACACAUUUGAUAAUUUAAGAGCCAAAGGUUAUAAAGUCUGCAAAGCUCCAAAGGCUGUUGAAUGCAGAUCUGAGAAGUUCCCUAACACACCAUUAAAUGAACUAGAGCAAAAAGUAGAAUGUAGUACAACAAGGGGACUAAUAUGUUAUAAUAAGGAUCAGCAUCAAAUGAUCUGCGACAACUUCCAGAUAAAAAUCUUAUGCUGUAGCUUUGUACCAUGUGAAUAUACAACUCCUGCUACCACAACGCCUGCGGAGACUACAACACCCAUCACAAAAACAAUCACUCCAGAAACUACUGUAACCGGUAUAUCUUCAACAACUACAGCACUACCUACAACCACAGAAUCUAAAACAACUACUCUUUCAACAAGUACCAUGACCUCCAAAACUCCUUCAACAUCUCCAGUCACAGAAACAACGAGUGUGUCAACUUCAACUCUUACAACCACAGCUCCAUCAACAACAAUCCCUGAAACAACUGCCAGCCCUUCAACAGAAACUGUAUAUACUACAGGAGAAAUCACAUCCAUAACACCUUGUAAACCAAAAUGCAAAUGGUCUGAAUGGCAUGAUGUCCAUUUUCCCAGUCUGGACAAUAAAGGAGAUUCUGAAACAUAUGAUGAUAUUAGAGCAGCAGGAAAAGUGAUCUGCAGCAAACCUGAAAAUAUAGAAUGUCGAGCCGAGAAAUUCCCAGAAAAAUCAAUUGAUAACAUUGGCCAAAUUGUCCAGUGCAAUGUAUCCUUUGGACUUGUCUGCAGGAAUGAAGAUCAGGAAGGAGUGCUCCAAAUGUGUUAUAACUAUCAAAUAAAAGUAUUCUGCUGUGAUGAUUUUAGUCAUUGCCCAUCCACAUCCACUACUACAGAAACUACAACAACUGCAGGCACAACUAUUGUUUCAACAAAACCUUCCACCCAGACUCCUAUAACUACAGAAACUACAACUUCAACCAUAAGAACUACACCUUCAACCACCACAACAACAGAAACCACAACCAAAGAAAUUAAAACAACUACUCCUUUAACAACCACCCCUAUAGAAACUACAACAAUCACAACUACACCUUUCACUACCACAACCACAGAAACUACAACUACUCCAGGCACACCCAUUGUUUCAACAGAAACUUCCACACUGACUCCUACAACUACAGAAACUACAUCAACAGUUGGAACUACACAUUCAUCCACCACCAGCAUAGAAACUACAACAGUCACAACUACACCUUUCACUACCACAACCACAGAAACUACAACUACUCCAGGCACACCCAUUGUUUCAACAGAAACUUCCACACUGACUCCUACUACUACAGAAACUACAUCAAUAGGAACUACACAUUCAUCCAUCACCAGCACAGAAACUACAACAGUCACAACUACACCUUUCACUGCCACAACCACACAAACUACAACAACCACAGGUACUACAACCAUGACAACUCCUCAAACUACUACUACAAUACCAACCACUACUCCAAUAACCUCAACACCAAUUCCGGACACUUUUACAACUACAACUACUUCACCAACCACUACUCAAACCACAGAAUUUACCACAAUAAUAAGUACAAUCACUACACCAACAACCACUGAAACUACCACGGCUACAACUACUACACCUAUUUCAACAACAAAACCUACAUCAUCAAUAAUAGUAACAACUACUCCAGCAAUAACCACAAUCUCAGAAACUACAACACCUGUGACAACUGUUCCUCCAACAACUCAUGAUUGUUUUAAAGAACUAUGUGAAUGGUCACAAUGGUAUGAUGUAAGUUACCCAAGGUCUGCUAUCAAUGGUGGAGAUUUCGAUACAUUUAAGAAUAUAAGAGCCAAAGGAUACAAUGUAUGCAAAGCUCCAAAGGCUGUGGAAUGCAGAGCAGAAAGAUUCCCUAACACACCAUUAAAUGAGCUGGAGCAAAAUGUAAUAUGCAGCAAAACAGAAGGGCUGAUAUGUUAUAACAAGGAUCAACUCCCACCAAUCUGCUAUAAUUACCAGAUCAAAAUUGAAUGUUGCAGAAAUGUAAUUGUAUCAUGCCCAACUACCACCCUAGCCACUACAACGACAGUAAAAUCCACCCCACCAAUACCAACAACCACCCCAACCAUUACCCCAAUAGUAACAACCACCCCAGCCACUACAACGACAGUAACAACCAUCCAACCNAACCAACCGGACAUAAGCAUCGACCAGAUCGGUCAAGUUGUGCAGUGCGAUGCCAAUUUCGGGCUGGUGUGCAAAAAUGAGGAUCAAAUCGGGAAAUUUAAAAUGUGUUUCAACUAUCAGAUACGUGUUUUGUGCUGUGAAGAAAACGUAAAUUGUCUUGUUACAACCUCAAUUUUGCCAACAAUGCCCACACGAGUAACCACUCCAACUAUCUCAAGUACACCAACAGGAACAACAGAAGUAACCAUGACAACUACUCACUGCUUUUGCCAAAUUGAGGACGCUGUUUAUGCAUCUGGUGAAAUGAUUUACAACAAAACAGACAAGGAUGGAUGUAAUUUUUAUGCCAUUUGUAGUAAAACAUGUUCAGUGGAGCGAUUUAAGGGACCAUGUAAAUCAACAACUCCAGCAACAGCAACAACAACUACACCUACAACUUCAACAUCUAUACCAACUACGACUCCCACUACAACAGUUAGUUCAACCACUAAAAUUGAGUGUCCUGAUGCUAAACCUCCCAGAAAGAUGGGUGAAACAUGGAAGAUAUCCAACUGUACCACUGCAACUUGCGAGGGAAAUAACAAAGUUGUUAUACAGAAAGUGAAAUGCCCACCUGUAAAGAAAAUUACCUGCGCCAACGGAUACCCACCAGUAGAGGUCUUCAGUGAGGAUGGCUGCUGUUACCACUAUGAAUGUGAAUGUGUCUGUAGUGGCUGGGGUGACCCUCACUACAUUACAUUCGAUGGAACCUAUUACACAUUCCUUGACAACUGCACAUAUACUCUGGUGAAGCAGAUUACCCCUAAAUAUGACAACUUCCGUGUUGACAUUGACAAUUACUUCUGUGAUGCGGAAGAUGGACUUUCCUGUCCUCAGUCCAUUAUUGUUUACUACAAGUACACAGUGGUAGUGCUGACGCGUGAACUCUAUAAUGGAGUGAUGGCUAAUAAGAUUAUCUUCAAUAAAACGGUUGUCAACCCAGGCUUCAAGAAAGAUGGCAUUUCUAUUUACAUGCUUGGCAUCAACAUGGUUGUUGAAAUACCUGAGAUUGGAGCUACCAUCACCUUCAGCGGGUUGAUCUUCUCAGUGAAACUCCCAUUCAGCAAAUUUGGCAAUAACACUGAAGGACAGUGUGGUACAUGCUCAAACACCAAAAUCGAUGACUGCCGCUUGCCAAGUGGUAAGAUCAUCUCUUCUUGUACCCAAAUGGCUCCCCACUGGAAGGUUGACGAUGACAAGAAGCGAUACUGUGUAGGAACAACACCACCACCCAGCACCCCGACUCCAGCUCCCAGCUGUCCUCCGUCUGCUCUUUGCAAGAUAAUUUUGAGCGAAGUCUUUGAAGAAUGCCACAAGGUGAUACCACCACAAGAUUUUUACAAGGGCUGUGUCUUUGAUGCAUGUCACAUGACCAAUGCAUCCAUGCAGUGUUCCGGCUUGGAGAUAUAUGCCACUCUGUGUGCCACUAGAGGUGUUUGUAUUGACUGGAGAGGAGAGACUCAGGGCAAAUGCCCAUAUAACUGUCCAGUGGGCAAAGUGUAUAAACCAUGUGGGCCUCUUAAUCCUGCUACUUGUGAUUCAAGAGCUGUUCAACACAAUGGCACUGGCCUAACUGAAGGAUGUUUCUGCCCUGAAGGAAAGUUUCUCUUCAAUGCAAACAGCGAUGUCUGUGUCUCUGGAUGUGGUAACUGUAUAGGACCAGAUGGACAGCCCAAAUUACCUGGAGACCAGUGGAAAAGCAAUUGCCAGGACUGUGUUUGUGACCGGUACACUGUUACAGUGCAGUGUACAAAGCGCCCGUGUAAACCACUCCCGCCAGUUUCUUGUGAUGACCCAGGGUUUGUUCCUGUCCAGUCGCUGACACAAGAAGACCCAUGCUGUGUCCAGACUGAAUGCCGAUGUGACACUAGCAAGUGCCCCGAAUCAGUGGCCAGCUGUCAACCAGGAUACGAGUUAAUCCCAGAAGUAUUAAAUGGAAAUUGUUGUACUAUCUUCACAUGUAAGCUAAAACCAGGCUGUGUAACCAAUGGAACUUUCUACAUGCCUGGAGCUGUCAUUCCAAAAGGUACCUGUGAAAAGUGCACCUGCUCUGCCGAAGUACAGCCAGACAGUCAGAGAAACAUCGUUGCCUGCCAGCCCAUUCCAUGUGACACUGAGUGCCCACUGGGCUAUGAAUAUAAGAUGAAAUCUGGACAAUGCUGUGGCGAGUGUGUACAGGUGGCUUGUGUACUGAAGAUGAAGGAUAACACAGUCCAUGUGCUUCAGGCUGGAAAAGUCUGGCAUGAGCCUGGUGAUAACUGUACCUUCUAUAAAUGUGAACAAAUUGAGGAUCAGUUUAUUCCUGUCACUGUAAGGAAAGCCUGUCAACCCAUAUACCCAGAAGACUGCGAUCCUGCUGAUAUCAUGCUAAGUGAAGAUGGCUGCUGCAAAACAUGCCCAUUACCCCGUAAAACUUGUAGUCUGCGUAGUACUACCACUGUCAUCAGUCAAAAUGACUGCAACUCUUCUGUGCCUGUUGAACUAACAUACUGCGAAGGCAACUGUGAUACUUCUUCAAUGUAUUCCCUUGAGGCGAAUGUGAUGCAACACAAGUGCAAGUGUUGUCAGGAGAUCAAGACCAGCAAAAGACAGGUGACCCUGAGCUGCCCUGAUGGAAGCACCACUGAUUACUCAUACACCCACGUGGAGCAGUGCGAUUGUGCAGGCACGGAGUGCAUCCCCCAAGCCCCUCCCACCACUCCAGCACAGCAGCAGGAGCAAGAACAGCAGCAACAGGAACAGAUCCAGCAGCAACAAGGGCAGUCCUAGAACCAAGAGCAGAACCAGAAAAAUGAACCAAAACCAGGAAGAGUAGAAUAUAGACUGAAAUAAAUCUUUUCACUUUUUUUUCCUAAUAAUAAACAAGUAUCCAAAGCAGCUAGAAUCUUGGACAUAUGGAUGAAAUUCCUGUAUACAUGCUAGAAAUUUCUGUUUCCUAAUUAUUUCAGCUUCCCUUAUCAAUGGGUCUCAUUGCUUUGAGUGUCUUCUUUUAACUUGAGAGGUGCAGGAUUAGGAAAUCUUGAGGUUUGUUUUUUCUCGGCAGUGCUGUGCUAUAGGACUGACAGCUUUUCUUUCAAGAGGGUGGGGUGAGUGGAACUAUACUCUAACUAAAGUCCUUGAUGUAAAUCAUAGUCUCUUUUUGUCUUGAAAUUUUCCCUGUGGUGAUUCUGAUACUGACUGCCCAAGGCCAAGCAUAGAACAAACAUCACUGGGUCAUUAAUAAUUUUUCACUAGUCACGGUCAUUACACACCCACCUGACACUGACUAAUCAUUGCACUGAAUUAGACAACUUUUAAAAUCCCCUUUGAUUCCAGUUCAAUUAGGCAGUGUCAACAAUUCAAGUCCAGGAAAAACACAGACUAUCGCGCUCACCUUCCUACCUUUUUGUUUGUUUGCUUGUUUGUUGUUUUAGCAUUAAAGAGAGUUUAGGUUAUAGAAACUGCAUCUUCUCAAACUUCAAACUUUAAAGAUACUGGGGGGGGGCGGUUUGUGGUGUUGUAGAAAAGAAAGGAAGAAAGCCUAUCAUACAAGGUUGCUGCAGAAUAUCCUAUGUUUACAUGAGAUCAUCAGCAUAGUAAAUGUAUGAAAAUUUGGAUUCUUGUAUUUGUUUUUGGUUAACUGUUUACAGAAGAAAUAUAUUUUUGCCAAAAGGGGUAUAUGAAGGAUUUUUGUAAACAAAAGUAAUAAUAAUAGUAAUAUAAAUUCUUUCCUAGGAAGCUGAGAUUUUUUUAAAAUGUUGUACCAUUGCUAUUUAUUUUGUUUCUGGGAAAAAUAAGUGUAUUGGACCAUUUCCUCCACAAUUAAUGUUGCCCCCAUUUUCUAGCAUCAGUGGGUAUCUGGUUGUGGGAUGUUUUCUUUUUCUAUUUUGUUUUGGGUUUUGUUUGUUUCUUAAGAGGAAAAAAAGUU